AUGAACAUGAGUGCGACCCUUACUGUCCUUUCAGAUGCUCUGGCCCUGUUUGUACACACUACACUCAGGGGAAAUUGGUGGGGUCAUGCCCCUUACAAACAUGGAAAACCUUGUUCUGCUUGCCCGCCCAGUUUUGGAGGAGGCUGUAGAGAAAACUUGUGCUACAAAGAAGGGUCGGACCAGUAUUAUACCCCUCAAGAAGAAGAAACAAAUGAAAUUGAACGGCAGGAGUCCCAGGUCCAUGACACUCAUGUUCGGACAAGAUCAGAUGAUAGUAAUAGAAAUGACGUCAUCAGCACUCAGCAGAUGUCUCAGAUUGUUUCUUGUGAAGUAAGAUUGCGAGACCAGUGUAAAGGGACCACCUGCAACAGAUAUGAGUGCCCUGCUGGCUGCUUGGACAGUAAAGCUAAAGUCAUUGGGAGUGUACAUUAUGAAAUGCAAUCCAGUAUCUGCAGAGCUGCCAUUCAUUAUGGGAUAAUUGACAAUGAAGGCGGGUGGGUAGAUGUCACUCGACAAGGGAGAAAGCAUUACUUCAUCAAAUCCAACAGAAAUGGCAUUCAAACAAUUGGCAAAUAUCGUUCUGCUAAUUCCUUCAUAGUCUCCAAAGUAACAGUUCAAGCUGUGACAUGUGAAACCACAGUGGAACAGCUCUGUCCAUUUCAUAAACCUGCUUCACAUUGCCCCAGAGUAUACUGUCCUCGCAACUGUAUGCAGGCAAAUCCACAUUAUGCUCGUGUAAUUGGAUCUAGAAUUUAUUCUGAUCUGUCUAGUAUCUGCAGAGCCGCAGUACAUGCUGGGGUGAUUCGAAAUCAUGGUGGUUAUGUGGAUGUCAUGCCUGUGGAUAAAAGAAGGAUGUACACUGCUUCUUUUCAGAAUGGAAUCUUCUCAGAAAGUUUACAGAACCCUACAGGAGGAAAGGCAUUCCGGGUAUUCGCUGUUGUUUGACUGGGAACACUUGGAAGGUAAACAGAAAGCCUGCUCCAAGUACCACAUUUCUGACAUCUAUAUACAACUGUAACAAUACUGUACAGAAGAGAGCAAGUAUUGCCAGCCCACCUCCAAAGUACCAAUGUAUGCCAUUCUUGAUAGACAAAGUCUCUAAAAUAAAACAUGGGACAUUAGCUUUAGGGAAAGUAAUGAACAUUUAGUAGUUUUAGAAAUCCUGUGUUAAAUAUUGCUAUAUUUUAGCAGUUAUUUCUACAUUUAAUUUCAUAGUCAUGAUGUUCUACAUUUCUUAUAUUAUAUUAUAUGGUGCUUUGUAUAUGCCACUGCUGAAGUAUAUUUAAAGUGACUGUGAAAGCCCCUAGAGAAUUAUCUGUUCCUUGAAAAGCAAUCAGGCCUAAAAUUUAAAGAAACUUUUAAGUCACUUUUUUGUUUUCAGACGAGUCCAGUAUUGUGUUAUGACUAUUCUAAAUCUCUAUCUGCCUUACCCUUAGGACUGGCCAGUUUUUCUCUUGUGUUAAGUUGCAUUGUGUCAAAUGUUAAGUCUUGAUAUUGCACUCGUUAUUUUGUAUUAAAGUAAUCUUUAUAUAUCCAAGUGAAAAUAUUUGGUUCCUUGGGAGGGGUCACACUGCCAUGUUCCCCAGGCAGUGUUGGGAGAACACUCCUGGUGUCAUAUAGUAACUAGAGGGUGAGAUGGCAGACAGAGUUUGCUAGCAUUGUUAGAACUGAAAAAUACACUUUUGUUUGUAUCCUGGCAAAUACUCCUGCAGGCCAGGAAGUAUAAUUUAAAAAAAGUCUAAUGAUGAUGAACUGGUGCAUUACAUUAUUAUUAUUACCACUGGUUUUCAUAAUGGCAAACAACUUUAUGUAUAAACCUUUCAUUAGUGUGAUCCUAUGGUAGUGAUUUAUUUGUUUAUGUAAAAAUAUAUUGUGCUUUGAUACUUAAAUUGUGUAAAAUGUUAGAUUUUUUUAUUCCUGCUGGUGAACUUGUUUUCUAUAAGCACAUUAAAAUUAAUCAGUUUCAGAAGAUUAUUUUUACUUUUAAAUGCAUACUUUGACUUAGAAUCAUUCUAAAAUAAAUAACCAGAGUUGAUUUUACUUUUCUAAAUUUGACUUACUGACGUCAAUAUAAAUAAGUGCUUACUAGUAGAAAUGCACAGAGUCCACCUAAUCAUGCAGAUAUUUGUUUUGAGGAAAAAUAGUCAUUUACUUAGAAACAUUAUAAGAAAGAGAAAUGUUGAAUAAGAGGAGAGCUAUGAAUUUUAUAAAGGAGAAAUGAAGUAUCAGAAAAUAAGGUAAUGAUUAUAAUUAUGAAAGAGCCAUAUAGAAAAUAAUUCAAAUAAUUUUAAAUGAGUAGGGAUGUAAAAGCCAAUAAAAUGGAGAUCAUUUUCAUGCAGGGAUCAGGGAAAGCCAAAUAGGUAAUACAAAAGAGAAAUGAAAAACAGAGACUCAGAAAUUAUUUCAGAAAAGUAGUUUAAGAAUAAGGCAAAAUUACAAGGUCAUUUGUUGUGGAUUGGCCGGCAGUUAAAUUGUUCAAAAGGUAAUCAAGAGUAAUAAAGCAUAGUUUCCUAGAAUUAUUUUUCCCAAAAUACACAUUACCAAUAUAUUUUCCAUACUGGGACAUUUUCAUUGUAUAUAGAACUAGAUUUCAUAAGGACAUUUUAUACAAGUGUUUAAUUGUAACUUUCUUGCAUGUAUAUGCAUGCAUGCACCUGUCUUUCACCCAGUUUGUGUUCUGGUCACUGAUCUCCCUAAAGAAUGUCCAUUACUUUUGACAGUCCUUCAGACUGGUCUCUAGUUAGGCUUCACUGGAAAUCUUUCCUACUGGUGCACUAUCUCCACCUUACCUUUAUCCUGCUUUACUCCUUUCCAGGGCAUCAACCAAACCCCAGUAGAAUUGUUCCCUUCUUUUAAUUUCCAAUGCCUAAAAAAACUAACCCUAUUUUUAAGGCACUUACUAUCACAUAGUUUAUUUUCUCUAUAAAAUGUGUCUUUGGGUAGCCCACUUAACUCUUUAAAUUUCCAUCUUACUGCCUAUAAAGUGGGACAUGUGAAACCUUAUAGAGAUUGAAACAUCAUGUAUGGUGUGGCAAAAGAUAUUAGGCAUGCAACAUGCCAUCAAAGUAUGUUAGUUUUUAUUAUAUUCAUUUUAAUAUUCAUUUUCUGUGGUAAAACUGUUCAUCUAUUGAAAUAAUCUGUGUAUCUUAAUUUUGUUAGGUAGUUUGCAUAUACCAAUGGCCAUUUUUUCUCUUCAUAUUUUAUUCUAUGAGAAUUUCAUAUUAUGUUCACAAUUCAUUUUAGUCAUAGCAUCCAUAAAUCCCUCCCUCCAAGCCCCCUGCGGUCAUUUCCCCAACACAACUCCUCAAUUUUAAAUCUUUGUUUUGUAUAACCCACUAAAUACAGUUAACACUUCCCAUACAUGAAUAGGUAUGGUGAUUGGCAAGGAGUGACUUUCCUUCCCUUAAUAGCCAUCACCUGCUAAAAUGGGUUUUCAAAUAGAAUUGAGAAAUUAAGAGCCUGUUUCCCAUCCAUGCUGGGACCUUUUGACUGACUUGAACUCUUGAAGGUCUGUGCAGGUAACCACAGCUGCUGCACAUGUGCAGCAUGAAGUCACAUCUAGAGGUCAGAAUGACACAGCACUCCUCCCCAUCCUCUGGUUAUUAAACUCUUCUCUUUCCCUCCUCUAAGCCUGGAAUGGCUGUGCCAGGACUGAAGAACAGAUUUCAUCUACAGCUUAGCACUUUCGAUCACUUAUUCCCAGCACCCUGCACCAUGAACAGUUACACCUUGAUGUUAACUGUUACCCACUUCAAUAGGAAACUUCCCUCACCAAGGUUGAGAGCAGCACAAAUCUAUAGAUAUAAACACUAAUAUUUAGUAGAAAACACUUUGACAACAAAGAUUACCAGAAACACAAUACCAAGAGUUUCACUCUUAGAACUGAUAAUUUCCCUAGCCAUGGUGACUAUGUUUACAGGACUAAGCUUAAUUCCUCUCUCUGUAACAGUCCUUCAGUUCAAUCAGGAGAGCAGUUGGAAUUUCCCAUGGAAAUUCUACUAUUUUGCAUUCUUGGACAUAUUUUGUCUGGCAAAUCAUAUUGUAUCAUGCAAAGUACAGAGCUAGGUAAGACCAUGAUGCCUUUUAUUCCCAGCAAAAAUCUGCAUUAGCCAGUACUGUGAAACCUAGCCAGUAGUGAGUUUCUUGGUCAGUUCUAGAUUAAUUUUCCUUUGUCCUGGGACCUAAAUGCAUGGUGUUUUAAGAAAAGGGUCUUACCCAUAGUUAUAGUGGGCAACCAGGAACUAUGAAAACAACCUAGAUUGUUUUGAGUGCCUCUGGGGUACACCUCAUCAAUAAUUCAACCUAUGCAUGACUAGUGUUGAGAUUUCAUUUAACAAUCUCUGCCUUCUGGGAGCAUGUUUUUCUUCACCCAUGCAGGAUACGUCUGUUUAAAUGCUUUUAAAUAAAUAUUUAUGCAUAGUGUGUGUGUGUGUGUGUGUGUGUGUGUGUGUGUGUGUGUGUGUGUGUGUGUGUGUGACUUACACAUUAGGAGUCCAUAAGGCUUACUCAUGCAUGCUUAGUUUUUUUCUCUAUUUCUCUUUUCCUUUACCCUUGAUUUCCAUCUUGUAUUUAAUAAUGUAAUUUUAAAAUCUUUACUACUUGUUAAUAUUUGUUUAAUUCUUGGAAAACCAUAAUUUUUCCUAAUAAUAUGGGGAGCUAAUCAAAGAAACAGUCUAUGAUUUUUGAAUCUCCAAACUUCAUAUUUGGAGUUUUAGAUAAUUUUCAUACAAAAAUUCUGUUGUUUAGUUGAUAUAAAGAAAUUAUGAGGUAUGAGUCCUAUUCUGGCAACACAAUAUUAAAAAACUAAAUAAAUAUAGCAGUGAAAUGUUUCAUUAAUUCAUUAGCAUUAAGACUGACCUGAAUCUUAACAAGGCAGGUGGGAACUGUUUAUAAUUCAGCAGUUAAUGCUGAAUAAAUCAGUUCUCUUUCUUCUUAUCACUGCAUCAAAAUACCAAAAUAGUGACUAAUUUUUUCUAAUUGAAACCGUAUUGGUUAUCAAUUAUGGUUAUAUUACAGUCAGGACGAUGAAAAGCAGAGGACCCGUAUAUAUGUAAUUCAUAAGUUCAAUUCAAAAGAAGCAUGCAGAGAAGAUGUGGAAAUCACAUUUUGGUAUUCUAAAUGCAUUCAUUGACUUAAAAUAUAAUGCAAAGGGAGAAAUCACAGAUUGAGUCUUUACGUUAAAAAAUAAUUUUUUAAAAAAUAAUAAUUUUUAAAUGACUCACAUGAGAAUACCAUGGCUAGGAACAAUAAAGUGCAAAACAAGUAAAUAAACAGUGUUGCCUUGCAGAACAUUCUAGUUUCAUUUAUUAAGAAAAUCUUCUACAGGCUAUAUUGAUCACUGUAGAAAUUCUUAGAAACAAAAUUGUUCUCCAAAAAUAGAUUCUCGUUAGCAAGAUAAAUAUCAUGCUUUAAUCAAAUGCAUGGUAUGAUCUGUGAAGAUUGUAGCAUUGUGUACCUACAAAGGUAUAAUGAUAGUAAAGACAUUUCUGAGCAUUGAUAGUAAAUACUGAGUACUUACAGAUGCAGAGGUAUGAUAAUGGAGAACAAUUCUUGCAUUAAAAACAGAAGGUGCAAGUUAUUGCAGAGACAUUCUAGACACAACAAUUGUCUUAAAGACAAUAGUCUAGGUACAUCAUGAAGGCAGAUACACAGAGAUAUUUAUCUUAUCAGUCUGGAGUAAUAAGUGCCAGUGCAGAGAAAACUCGCCAUUAUCUCUUCCCCAUCUAGCAUCAUACUCACCUAGGGAUCAAACAUCCUCAACCCCUCAAAAGACCAAAACAGUGUAUCAUUUUAUAGCUCAGACAAGCCUAGAGCUUUCUGUACAAUGCAAGUUGUUUUGAACUUAUGAGCAAUCCUCUUUCUUAGCCCCAGAAUACUGAGAUCAGGUAUGGACCUCCAUAUCCAACUCUAUAAGGUUAAAUAUAUAUUGCUAAAUUUAAAGAGACACCACUAUGACACAAUACACAAUACAUUCAGUGGCUUCAGCAUUUGAUUGAAAAAUAUAUAGAUAUGAAUGACAUCAACCUAAGGAAUUUAUAUUAAUUGUGAAUAGUUUGACACUAUUGGGAUCCAAGAAGUCUGCCAGUUAAUAUAACUGGCAUUUUUGUAACAGUGGUUUGCACAUGAGAAAGAAUUACAUACAUUCAGGGGAAGAGAUGUCAUUGUAAUCUUAUACAUUAUUUAUUUUUAAUAAGUAUCCAGAGAUAGGAGAUUAUAUUCCUGCUUUGGUACUAGUACACACUCUCAAUGUUGAGUAACAUUGUUUGGGACCAGAAUUUAUAAAUAAUUCAUAUCUCCAUUUCUCUAUAUUUAAAAUCUUUAUCCCUGCUAUCUGAUGAUCUUUGUUAAAUGAUACCAUUCUUCAUCAACUAGAUUAUGACAUCACUGAAAAAUAGACAUUUUAUAAUCCUGAAAAAUAUCAUGAAUUUGCAGUAUGCAAGAAGAUUGUAAAUGAAGAAUAGAGAUUUUGAUUUUAUUGAAAUUGGUCCAUAAAAUACAUUGACAAGAAAAUGGCUGAGAUAGCACCAGAAAAGUAGAAGGCUAAUUGUCCUCAUUACCUUAUUAUUGCUGUGAAAACACACCAUGAGCAAUACAUAUUAUAAAGAGCAUGCUUAAUUUGGCUUAUGGCUCCAGACAGCUGGAGUCCUCGUGCCUGACUGAAGCUGUGGCAGCAGGAACAGCUGAGAGUGCACAUAUUGAACCACAAGUAGGAGACAGAGGGCAUAUGGGCAAUAACAGGGCUCUCUUAAACUUCAAAGUUCACCCCCACUGAAACAUUACUGAAACCUCUAAUCCUUCUCAAACAGUUAAAUCAACUGAGGACCAAGUAUUCUAAAAUGUGAGCCUUGGGAUGCAAUCACACAAUCAACCAUAAAAUUUGAUUGAGUGGACUACUUUUUCCAGAGAAUAGAAUGAGUAAUUUUUCCUCCCUCAAUUCAUCAAAGAACAGAAUAUUAUAAAUUUUAUGAAUAAAAAUACCAUACUCAUAAAAGCAUGGAUAUCCUGAAAACAUGGUAGCUAUGUGAUUGGCUAAUAUACUUUACACUUCCAGAAUGUAUCUUCUUAGACAUCAUUCAUUCUUCCUCAGACUUCUGCUGCCCUAAGACCCUCAAAUAUGUUUAAGACAUGAAAGUGGAAGUGCUAAUAAAACGUAAACACAAGUAGACAAAUCUCAUAUCACCUGACACCAAGAUGCAAAUAUUACAAAGUCAUAUCAAAAGACAUCAACAACUUCAACAACUGUUUAUAAGAACUAUGCUUACCAAGCAAGAGUAGGCUACUAUUGAAACGAAAGUACCAGAUUUUGGUGAUUAGCUAAAACUCAGUGACUUGAUUCCUGGUUGUGAGAGAAGAUUGACUUUAGAGGUCAAGUGUGACCUAAAAGUAAGAAUUUUAUAACCAGUGUAGAAGAAGAAAACAUAACCAAAAGUGUUGUAUUUGAAACUGCAACAAAAUAUGUAUAUUCAUCCAAAUGUGUGAUAAUAUUAAAUUGUGAUGGCAUGUGAAACUCAGGGCAAAUCAUGACUGAACAUGGAGAUUUAGUAAAGACAUUUUAUGUUA